GAAGGGAAAGAGGAAUAAACUCAAAGUUUUCGAAAAUUUACCCGCGGCGCUAUUUAUGCUUUUCUAAAUGCAUCCUUACAGGGAUUAUUAUGCACUGCAAUAUAAAUACUAAAAAAUGAUGACUUUUUAGUUCUCGAAUUUGGGGAAGGAAAUCAAAAAAAAUUUUGAGAGGAGGGAGAAAGAAUAAAAAAUUGGAAUUAUAUACACCCCUGCAAUCUCUAGAUAAAAGGUAGCUUUGAGUUACACUGACAAUCCCUUUAAAAAGAAAAUUUGUUUUUUUAUUUGCUCGGUUCAACUGAAUUGAAAUCUUAACGAGCUGAAUUUCAGAGAAUAUGUCGUCUGAGAAUAAGCGUCGAGCUAGGAUAGCGAGUAAAAAGCGGAAACUGAACGCUUUGUUGGCAGUCACAGAUCUUAAUGAUUCCGAUGGGAAGAGAAGAAAGGUUGAAGAAAAUUUUACAGACCAACCAUCGAAACCGAAUAAGCCUCUCAGAAAUUUCAAGUCUAACAAAAACUUCAAGUCCAAGACUAACAGUAACUCCAAACCUGUAUUAGUAACUUCAAUUAACCCGAAUAAACUUAGAGUAGAAGGAGAUGAAUACCUUGCCCUGAAGGCACGGCUCAGGGAGAGAAAGAAACUGCUAACCCAGCAACCUAAGUUCAGUUUGAAGUCUGUUGGAGAGAACGCUUUGUUGAGUGUGGAGAAGGAAAGACGUAUCCCUCUGUUUAUGUCAGAUCUUCAAUCUCUCAUGCUGUACUGUACAGUUGGGGGUAAAACUCCUUACUACCCAGAUAGGUGGUGCACACUUCUCAAGUGGAAUAGACUCACAAACGUGGUCUGCUUGGUUCUGGACGGACUAGGGACAAAUUUUCUUGAGACGCGGAAAGACGAGCUGCCCUGGAUUACAUCAAAAUUUAAUUUUUUGGAGGUGGUGAGCCCGUCCAGUUAUGAUGCUACAGUGGCGAAGGAUUUAGCUCUUAUUCCGAUUUCUCAAACACAAAUCCGCAAGCUGAGAGACGACUUUGGAACGGUUCAGGAGGCGGUGAUGAAAAACGAAGUAUGGAAUACAGUUAAAGCCAUGUUUCCUAUUACUAACCGUAAAUCCACCCCUGCCCCCGCCCCUCCUCCAGUAUUCCCGGUAACAGAGGAUACUAGUACACCAGUAGAAGGAUGGACUAGUCUUAAGCUCCGACUUCUCAUGAAUGUUAGACAGCUGGUGACUGAGGACUUCCCUAUACCUCUACCAGGAGUAGAGGAGCAUGUUAAGGGAUAUGUGUUUACUAGAGAUGAAUAUCAUGAGGUUCAUGAUGGUUCUCCUAUGUUCAGUAUAGAUUGUGAGAUGUGCUUCACUGAGAGGGGGAAGAACGAAUUAACAAGGAUUUGUAUGGUGAAUGAGAAUUUGGAAGUGGUUUACCAUUCCUAUGUAAAACCCGAAUCCCGGAUUGUUGAUUAUCUGACAAGAUACAGUGGUAUCACGGCGGAGCAUCUGGUCAACGUAAAUACAAGGUUGAAGGAUGUUCAAGCUGAUCUGAAAAGAUUGCUUCCUCCUGAUGCUAUUCUGGUUGGACAAUCUUUAAACUGUGAUCUUAAAGCUCUAGAGAUGAUGCAUCCUUACGUGAUAGAUACCAGUAUCAUUUUCAACAUAACCGGAAACAGGUUUCGGAAAACGAAGCUAUCAGUUCUGUCAAGUAUAUUCCUAAAGAAGCAGAUCCAAGUCCAAUCUCAUGUUGUUGUGGGGCAUAGCCCUGAAGAGGACGCCAAGGCUGCGAUGGAUCUGGUAAAGCUGAAGUUAAAGGAAGGAUAUCAGUUCGGAGACGUUCUCCUGGGAGGACGGAUUCCUAGUAUUCAUGAGGAGAAGAUAGAACCCCAGAAUGAUUGCAUAAGAAAAGAUUUUGUUCCUGGACAUGAUCUUCAUCUCAAGAGUAGACUUGUGUCAACAAUAACAAAGACCGCCAAAAAGGCUGAAAAAACUGUUUCGUUGACUGUAAGUGAGUCCAAAGCUAAGACUUAUGAAACCCUUGAAAACUUUACUUCUGAGGUUAAAGUCUUUCAAAAAGGGACGGAUCACAAGGAUGUGCUGGAGAAGGGUAAAACCGGAGCAGUAGAACAUGAUUUCAGUAUCACCCACCUCGACCUCUCGACCACGCCCCCUGAGAAGAUCUGCAAGAGGGCGGAGAAGUUCUGUAAGACGAUGUACAGCCACACCUCCAGCAACGGACUCUUUAUCCUCAUCCUACCAGGGAGCAAGGAGGAAACCGGCGCUGCCGCCGUAACAAUCGUCCGACCGCCGCAGCUUGAAAACUAAAUUUUUUUAUUUCAGA